AUGACACCAAAACAUGAAAAACAAGAAUUUGUAACUGUCUUGGUCCGAGAUCCCAGAAUGCAGAGAGAAGACUCCUGGCAUUCUUACAUAGACUAUGAGAUAUUUAUUCAUACAAACAGUAUGUGCUUUACAAGGAAAACGUCCUGUGUUAGACGACGCUUUCGAGAAUUCGUUUGGCUUCGGCAGAGGCUUCAGAGCAACGCAGUGCUUAUACAGCUACCUGAACUGCCAUCUAAAACUCCAUUUUUCAAUAUGAACAAUCCUCACCAUGUGGACCAUCGCCGGCAGGGUCUGCAAGAAUUCCUGGAAAAGAUCCUACAAGAUGCAUUGUUGCUCUCAGACAGUAGGCUUCACCUCUUCCUACAGACUCAGCUAAGCCCAGAAGAUAUGGAGGCUUGCGUAUCUGGACAGACCAAAUACUCUGUUGCUGAUGCGAUUCAUAAGUUCGCCUCUUUGAACAGGCGCUUCCCUAUCGAGGAUGAGGAGAGGAAAAAAGGGGGAAACAAGGCAGACUCCGACUCAGAGAGUUCAUCCUCCAGGCUAGGACCUAGUGAUGACAGCAUUUCAUGUGGAUGUAAAGCAAACCCAGCUUCUGAAGAAUCAUGA